CUUGGUUAGGAUUAUCCAGCAUUGUUAAUACGCGACAAUAAACGUUAAUUAUUAAUUAUCAACUUCAGUUAUAUCGUAUAUUCUCAAUGAAAUCCCCAAGUAGAAUUAUUUCGCUUGAAUUAUGCACUUCAGUAGAGAAAUGAUCUAAUCAUGAUAUGUACUUACCUGUAUUCGUUACGAUGUUUGUUGUUUGAUUCAAGUUAGACUACAUCCAUCCCGAGGCUAAAUCACGAAAAUUCAUCGUCGAUCUUCGUCGAGUGAGAGAAGAUUUCAUUUCCAGGGACGUUAACAGAUCGUCGGGAGUUCGAAGCCACCGUAAAUCGAUGAAUUCGAAGUAAAAUGAAUGGAACGCGGGCUGUUCGAUAGGUCUUGAAAUUCGAUACGGGACGAUUGAUAGCCUCAGUCUCGCGUCGAAGUUCCAUGGACCAGGACCUCUCACGUGUUCGUUCACCGUCGCACGAAAGGUAGAGCAGCAACCUGUUGCUGACUUUGUAACUCCGAAACGAACCAAUGUGCACCAACGAGCGUUCGUACGCGCGCAUAUUCGUGCCGUUCUGGCGGCAGAUUAUGUACGCGUUGAUCGGCCUGAUAGCCAUCGCGUUUAUUGUUUUGAUAGUAAUCCAGCAGGCGCUACGCUCGGCCGACCUAAACACGCCGAGCUAUGACGAUUACAUGGACACCGUCUCGGAGAAAUGUUAUCGGGAUGUUUUGGGCAAGUGGUACAACUUUACAGGAGACAUUGGAUGGUACAACGGUAAAAAACUCUCACCCUCGAAUCCUGUGGAGUGGGAGCGUUACAUUGCGAUACUUCGACGCGAAUGGAUAGUUUGGAAACACGAUCCCAAUCUGAAUUACAAUCUUUCGAAUCCUGAAAUCGAGGAUCAGUCGAUGGGUCAAGCCAAAGUCGUUCGUAGCAUCCUCGGCGAUAAGAAAAAUGGUUUCUUCGUGGAGUGCGGCGCGUUCGACGGCGAGACGCGUAGCAACACUCUGAUCCUGGAACGGGAGCUUGGUUGGAGUGGCCUCCUGGUGGAGGCGGAUCCCAUAAAUUUUGCCAAAAUGCUGACAAAAAAUAGGAAAGCAUACUUGACGCCCACGUGCCUGAGCGUCGGACAAUAUCCCACGGUGAGCUCUUUCUUGAUGGCCAGAAACGUGGGUCGUCUUCACGAACCAAACGAUACGGACGCUCAUUUGGAAAAUUCCGACGACGUGGCUCACAGCGGCGUUCACAUUCAGGUCCAGUGUUUUCCAUUCGCGCAUUACAUGGCCGCGCUUAACGUCACCUCUGUGGAUUACUUCAGCCUCGAUAUAGAGGGACACGAGCUACAAGUAUUGAAGACGAUUCCAUUCGACGGGAUCGAUAUAAAGACGCUCUCCGUGGAGUUCUCACACGUUGAAGAUGGUAAAAAGGAACUGAUAAACUUCAUGGAGUCGAAAGGUUACUACGUCUACACUUUCGUCGUGAGAGAAGACCGCUUGGCUCAUGAUAUAAUAUUCGCGAAACGCGUUGACGAAGAGCGUACGUUGAUACGAUAAUCUCAAACUAGUCGAAUAGGAAUUUACUCGUUACGGACGUGUUUUCCUGUUUCCGUCUUCCUGCAAAGUAUUUAGAUCAUCACUGUACACUUUACAAGCAAUUCCUGCAGCCACUAGUCAACUAUAACGUGGAUCUAACGUUUAAUUUUAAGUAUCGAAGAAACUUUACGCCGACACAGUCAGAGAACGUCUGAUAACGUUGAUAAUAAUAUCGAUUGUCGUUAAUUAUUAUUUUCCUUUUAUUUUACAAAUAUUUACAGGAACAUACAUUUCGCAUAAUAAAAUAAAGUGUCUCUUUAUAGCGUCGCCUCGCGCAAGUUUCGCGUCGACAUAAUUUACGAACGAUCGGGAAUAAAUGUAUUUCUGCAAACAAUUAGGAACGAACGAGAUUCGCGUAGCACGAGAAACUUUGCACGGGCGCUAGCGCAGGUUCGUUUUCUGAAUAAAGUUUCACCCGUCUCUGUCAGCGGGGGCGCACUUCUAUACAAUCGCGUACCAACAAUUCGCGUAAAAGCCACAAGAACGUUCGUACAGUUCACAGGGACGAGGCCGACGGCCUUAUUUAUAUAAAUCACAAUUACACAGGACGUCCUAUAGAUUCCCAUACAAACUUCGUUAACGUAUCCUACGACUAGAAACAAGACGAGAUUGUUACAUGCUUGGUUAAAAAAGUAUUAAAUUCCUAUCGAAAAGUGCCG